CAUCCCGCAUCUGGCCAGCUCGUCUUGCUUUCUCCUUCUCCUCCUACCGUUUGCUUGCUCUUCUGAACGACCCAGAAACGUAUUGUCCCGUCUAUCUGCGGCAGCCCGAUAGUGCUCAGCCACCAGAUUGCGCUUCUCCCACCGGACCCUGUCUCACGACCCAUAAUCUCCUCUACCCUGCCCUUGGUAGCUCUGCGCGGCUUGACUGGACUCUCUGACAUGUCCUCGCCGUCCACCUCGCGCCUCAGCCCGUGCUGCGAGCGCUGUCGCACCGCCAAGUACACCCUGGUCGCCCUCUCGCUCGUAUGGGCAUCUCCAGCAAGCGCAGCGCCUGCUGUCGCCCAGGAACUGGUCAGGAGGGAUGAUGGUGGCAUGGCCGAUGCUGGGCCUGCUGCAGUGGCUGUUUGGAUCCCAAUCGUCGGUGUUGGGCUCUUCAUCUUCGCGAGCGCCAUGGCGUACCGCAUGCGGAAACGAUCGGUUACACCGACGCGGACGACGUCGGCGACGAGCCAGACGUCGUCCCACCAGUCACUGAUGAGUCGGAUGCGGGCAUGGAGUUCGCGCCCGGUCACAGUGCCCGGCAUGCAGGCGCGCGAGCUCACGGCCGAGCAGCUCGCCGGAACCACAGGGCGCAGCAAUCGACGGCGGCGGCCGCACAGCACCGCGUCGACACGCUCGACGAGGAGCUUGCCGCUGUACAUGAAGGAGCCUGGCGAACAGGAGGUCGUUGUCUUCAGGGGACGCGAAGACCUCACCCCAGGGAGCGCGAAUGCGCUGCUCUCUCCUGUGCAAGAAGGCGCGACGCCCGACACGCGCCGCGACAGUAUCUCCAGCCUCGCAGAACCCGACACGCCGCUGCUCGACAACGCGAUCCCUCUCACGCGUGCGCGGACGGAGGACUUGCGCUUGCCGUCCACGAUUCCGAUGCGCCGCACGAUCAGCGUCCGCCCCAGCAUGGAUACGGUCGGCGGAGACAGCUCAGAGUCUGCGGCACCCAGUGAGGAUCAACACGAUCACGAGCACGAGCGUGGCCCUGCGCCCCCAUAUCGCGAGUCCAUUGGCCAGGACUCGGGCGUCGCAUUCGACGACUCCACUGACGCUGGCCAUACCCAAAGCUUCCCCGUCAUCGACGCUGACGGUUCUGCGGCAGAGGUAGACCAUCCUUCUGCACAGCGUGGAAGCAGCAGCGGUACGCUCCGCCGGCCGCAUCUCUUCGGGCGCGGCGAUCCUUCGUCGGGGUCGGGCAACACUUCUGCUCUGUCCGUCCCGCGUCUGCUCUCGCUCUUCAACCCGAAUCGCCCGAACCCCGGCGGUGAGAGCGCUGUGGAAGGCCUCCCUCGGUCGUCGGAUGUCGGCCCGCUUCCCCCGACGCCGCCGUCGCCUGUGACGCCCCGACGUCGUCCGCGCGGCGCGACCGUCGCUACGCCGCCCGGAUCACCACGUCCCGGCUCCUCCGGCUCACCCUAUCGCACACACCGUCCUUCGCACUCAGGCUCGGCAUCUGGCCUCUCUGCUAUGUUCCGCUCGCGCUCGAAUACUUCUGGGACAGCCCUCGGUGCCGCGCUCACCUCGCCGUCGACGUUGUCGGUUCACUCAAUAUCGGCGCCACUUACACACACGGUCGUGCGUACGGAGCUGAUGUACCCGAGGGCGGGCCCGACGCCCGACCAAAUGAAGUUGCUCGCGAGCGUGGAGAGCUUCAAGCAGUUCGGCGUGCCGUAUGGCCCCGAUGCGAUCGCGUUUGCGAGCACGAGCCGGGUGGACCUGUUGAACCCACCGCCGGUGUUCGAGGAAGUUGUAGGACAAACUGGUACUGGCGAGAGCGGGCGGGAUGCAUCCGCAUCAAUCUCGAGGACGGGCGGCGAAGGGCUUGCAUCAGAUGUGCGGGAGCACUCGCCAGGGUCGUCGCCGUCGAGCAGUCCAGAACCAUCACCACAGUUGCCGCCUGGUGAACCCGCGGCUGUUGCACGCGCUUCUCAAGACGACUCGGCGCCAUCGCAGGAGACCGUGGAGGAGUUGUCCGGGGAAGGCCGUUUGCAAGACUCACAGCAGGAGGAAGCACAGGCCAAGGCGCCCCCGACUUUGUCGCCAUACUUGCCUGCUCAAGUAGCGCCAGCGCAGCCAAAGGAGCCUCUCACAGCGGACGGUGUCAAGAAGAUCCUCCGACCCCUGGCCCCGCCCACGUCGUUCAAAGGUGCUUCGGUGCCUGCCCCUCUGGCAACACCUGGCUCGGUGCGUCCUGGCUCUAGGGCGAGUUCCUGUAUGACGUUCGCAACGGCCCAGGAGGGCGAGUCCGUGCCGCCCACGCCUGCACCGGAGGCUGAAGGUCCCACAAUGACCGAGGACGGACGAAUGCGCGAAUCGGAGGAGGAUUUACCCUCGAUCUCGCCAGCAACGCCGAAGCGCAAACGCGGGUCUCUGCUUGAUGCUGAUGCGACCUCGACGAUCCUGGAUGCGGAAGACACGAAACCCGACGAAGCCGAAACGAGGAUAGAAGAGGCUGUGGUGGCAUCCUCGUCGGACGACGCGAUCCUCCGCAAGUCUCUAGACACGACCUCAAUCACGCUGCCGUCUCUGCAAGCUGAUGCACCGCCCUUUGUGGCAGCGCAAUCCGAAGAGGUGGCAGUGUGAUCUUCAUGACCCGACGACGCGAAUCUCAAUGCUAGAUCUAUUAUUGUGUGUACUACUAGGGCAGCUUGGUCGGUUCAUUCCUCUUCAUGGACUGCAUUUGACCAUCACGCCUGCAUCAGGACAAUGUCCUUAUUUCUUACCUGCGGAUCCCUUUCCUAUUCGACUGGUCACUGAAU